CAUCAGUCUCUGAAGAAUAACCUCCUUUUAGACUUUGGUGCACGUGUUUACCAGUUUCGGCCAAUUUGUCCAGUCUGUGGUGGAUUUCAGUCAAAAAGGGCAAAUUAACGACUACUCAAAAUGACAAUUUACAAUUUCAAGAAAAUUGCCGUCGUGCCGACGGCAAAGGAUUUUAUAGACAUUAUGCUUUCAAAGACGCAGAGAAAAACGCCAACAGUCGUUCACAAACACUAUAAAAUAUCGAGGAUCAGAUCGUUUUACAUGAGAAAGAUCAAAUUCACCCAGCAGAAUUUCCAUGAAAGGCUGUCUCAGAUAAUACAAGAAUUCCCUAAAUUAGACAACAUACAUCCGUUUUUCGCCGACCUGAUGAAUGUUCUGUACGACAAGGACCAUUACAAGCUUGGGCUGGGCCAGUUAAAUCAGGCGAGACAUUUGAUUGACAACGUUGCUAAAGAUUAUCUCAGGCUUCUUAAAUUUGGUGAUUCGCUGUACAGAUGCAAACAGCUUAAACGUGCAGCAUUAGGAAGAAUGGCGACUAUAAUGAAAAGACAGAGUUCAAACUUGGAUUAUCUAGAGCAAGUGAGACAGCAUCUUUCCCGUCUACCUGCUAUCGAUCCUUACACAAGGACAAUUUUGAUUUGUGGGUUUCCCAAUGUCGGCAAAUCCAGCUUCGUCAACAAGAUCACGAGGGCAGAAGUUGAAGUCCAGCCUUAUGCAUUUACCACCAAAAGUUUAUAUGUCGGUCAUACCGACUACAAAUACUUAAGAUGGCAGGUGAUUGACACACCUGGAAUUCUUGACCAUCCGCUUGACCAGAGGAAUGUCAUUGAAAUGCAAGCUGUUACAGCUCUUGCCCAUCUCAGAGCUGCAGUCCUUUACUUCCUCGAUCCUUCUGGUCAGUGCGGAUACGCACUUGACGAGCAAGUCUCUCUUUUUAAUUCGAUUAAACCUCUUUUCACCAACAAGCCGGUAAUUGCAGUAUGCAAUAAAAAUGAUGUGCUGAGCCUUGACGAACUUUCAGAAGAAGGCAAAGAAUGUUUAAAAGUGUUCACUGAAUCAAACAUUCCUAUACUGAGCAUGAGCACAGUCACUGAAGAUGGGGUCAUGAACGUUAAGCAAAGGGUGUGUGAUGAACUUCUUGCAUUCAGAAUUGAAAAUAAAGUCCAUGCCAAAAAAGUCGAUGGUAUUUUGAACCGUUUGCAUGUCGCUUACCCGACACAGAGAGAUGCCAAAGAGAGACCGCCAUUCAUACCAGAUUCUGUAUGGUUGAAGAAACUUGAGAAGGCGAAAGCACUUCAAGAGAAAGAAAAUAUGGAAAAGGAAGGUGUCACCGAAAUGGAAGUGGUUAAGAAGAAACUGGAAAGAGACUUGGAAGUCGAUCUCGGCGAUGACUAUAUCCUGGACCUUAAGAAAAAUUACGACCUUCCAGAAGAAUAUAAGUAUGAUAUCAUUCCUGAAAUCUGGGAAGGACACAACAUUGCAGAUUAUAUUGAUCCAGAUAUCUUCAAAAAAUUAGAAGAACUUGAACAAGAAGAGGCUUUAAGGGAAGAGGCCGGAUUUUAUGCAUCUCCAAAGAUUGAGCUUGACUCAACUCUCAAGGACAUCAAAGAGCUUGCAGCUCAGAUUAGAGAGAAGAAAAUACUAAUGAAAAAUGAAUCAAGAGUGAAAAAGUCGAGCACGAAGUCAAAGAUGCCUAGGACAGCAACUCCAUCCGUUAGGGCUAGGUCGGUGACCAGACUCGCAGACGAAAUGAGCACCCUCGGUGUUGAGCUCGAUAAGAAUGACGAGAAAGCCAACUUCAAGAGGACAAGGGGUCGUUCGCGCUCCCUCACUCAACCUGCUUCCAAACGUAUGAGAACAAGUUCAGAAGGUGGUUACAGAAGCGUUUCUAGAAGUGUUCCAAGAAAUAUUUCCGGAAUUACCAGCUCAGAGACAAGGAUGAAAGUGAAGAAAAUAGCGCACAAAGCGAUCGCAAAGAAGGUUGGCAAGAGGGGUCUCAAAGGAGAAGGAGACAGGUUCAUUGGUACAAAAAUGCCCAAGCAUUUAUUCUCCGGCAAACGUGGCAUUGGCAAAACAAGUCGUCGUUAAGCUCUACUUUUUAUGUACUUGUACAUACUGGAAAUAUUUAUAACCAAGAGGUGUUUGGAAGAUUUUUUCUUUUACCUUUUUUAAUUAAAUAUUGCAAAAAUAUUUAAAGGAUUUAAUUAAUUUUCUUCUGGAAUAAUCUAUUAUAUUAUUGUUA